UCCCGCGACCAAACUUAAGAGAAACGCAUUCUUGCUUUCUUCAGAAUUCGUCCGGCGUCAACUGCAUUGACCUUGUCGCAGGUUUUCUUAUCUAGUCGCCUUGUUUUUGCCAGAUCGACCAUAUUCGGCUUUUGCAAUUCGAGCUUCGGAUCUCUUUGCGACGUAGCAGAGGUUUGAGGAUCAGCAAAGAUGAGUGACAAUCUUAUGGACAAAGUUACCGCAUUGGGUGAGCGCCUGAAGAUUGGAGGUUCGGAAGUGAGCAACAAAAUCAGUGCUGGUGUGAGCUCGAUGAGCUUCAAAGUGAAGGAACUUUUUCAAGGUCCAAACCCAACUGAUAAAAUAGUUGAGGAUGCUACCACGGAGAAUCUAGAGGAACCUGACUGGGAUAUGAAUUUGGAAAUAUGUGAUAUGAUAAAUCAAGAGACUAUUAAUAGCGUUGAUUUGAUCCGUGGAAUAAAGAAGAGGAUCAUGAUGAAGCAGCCGAGAAUUCAGUACCUUGCCUUGGUUUUGCUUGAGACAUGCGUUAAGAACUGUGAGAAGGCGUUCUCAGAAGUGGCAGCAGAGAGAGUCCUUGAUGAAAUGGUUAAGCUGAUUGAUGACCCACAAACAGUUGUUAAUAAUCGAAACAAAGCUUUGAUACUGAUAGAAGCUUGGGGUGAAUCGACCAGUGAACUUCGCUACCUACCAGUUUUCGAAGAAACUUACAAGAGCUUAAAGGCGAGAGGUAUACGUUUCCCUGGACGAGAUAAUGAGAGUUUGGUACCUAUUUUCACCCCUGCUCGGUCAGCUCCAGCACCAGAAGUGAAUGCAGAUCUUCCUCAGCAUGCGCAUGAGCCUGCACAUGUUCAGUAUGACGCUCCUGUAAGAAGCUUUACUGCUGAGGAGACGAAGGAAGCUUUCGAUAUAGCAAGAAACAGCAUUGAACUUCUUUCCACGGUCCUGUCCUCUUCGCCUCAACACGAUGCUUUACAGGAUGAUUUAACAACGACACUUGUACAACAAUGUCGUCAAUCUCAAACCACUGUCCAAAGAAUCAUCGAAACAGCAGGUGAAGACGAAGCCCUUCUAUUCGAAGCCUUGAAUGUGAAUGACGAGCUUGUGAAAACGCUGUCUAAGUAUGAGGAGAUGAACAAACCCUCUGCACCACUACCCGCACCUGAACCAGCAAUGAUUCCUGUUGCUGAAGAACCCGAUGACUCUCAUGGGAAAGAAGAAUCUCUGGUCAGAAAAUCAUCGAGUAAUCGAGCUGGGAUCCAUGGAGGUGGGAGUGGGGAUGACAUGAUGGACGAUCUUGAUGAGAUGAUAUUCGGUAAGAAGAGUGAUUCUUCGACUGAUGCUGGACAUGACCCGAAGAAGCAGCAAUCUUCGUCUAAAAACGACGAUCUCAUUCGAUUCUGAGACGGUUUUUCUUACCCCCAAAAAACAAAACUCUUUUAUGGAUUUGGUGUUUGACUGGUAAUAUGGAUGAACAGUUUCGAUGUAAGUAAUCUGUGUUUGGGGAUCUCUUUUAAAUUAUGUGAUGGGUUUAUAGGAAGGAGAUUUGCUAUGGCACAAGAUUUUAACUU